GUGGGGACCAACGGGGUCAUCUCUACCCAGGAUUUCCCCAGGGAGACCCAGUACGUGGAUGACGAUUUCCCCACAGACUUCCCUGUCAUCGCUCCCUUCCUGGCCGACCUCGACACCUCCGGUGACAGAGGGAGCAUUUACUACCGCCAAGAUGACUCUCCAGACGUGCUGGACCAGGCUGCGGGCUACAUCCACGCUGGGUUCCCCCGCACUGCCAGCUCCUUCGUGCCCACCAAUGCCUUCAUCGCUACCUGGGAGGAUGUGGGCGCCUACCAGGAGCUCUUGCAGGACACUGAGCCCUCCAGAAAGCUCAACACCUUCCAGGCGGUCAUAGCCUACAAUGAUGAGGACACCUUUGCCAUCUUCCUCUACCCUGACGGCGGCCUCCAGUUCCUGGGGACGCGGCCCAAGGAGUCCUACAACGUCCAGCUGGAGCUGCCGGCCAGGGUGGGCUUCAGCCGAGGGGACGGUGAUGACCCGAAGGGGGACAGCGAUGACCUGAAAAGGGACGGGCUCUUCCACAGCCUGGCCAGCAGCGAGCAAGCCCUGAGGCGACUGGAGCGGGAGAGCAAUGCAGGGGUCCCCGGCGUCUGGGUCUUCCACGUGGGCAGCACGGCACCCCUGGAGCAUGUGGAGCCAGGGGAUGGUGGGGAGCUGCAGAGUCCCCAGCCCCGUGCUGCCGGCACCGCCGACUACACCCGUGGAGACCACAUGUCCGUGGAGCUGCUGGCACAGCACGGCUUGGAGGCCACCUCAUCACAUCCCAACCUGACCCCACUGGGCAUCAUCCCUCAGGGGCUGCCCGUGUCCCUGGGGCAGGAGCAGAGCCACCAGCUGCACCUCGAUGGGGACAGUGGCCCCCAGCACAGCUUCCUGGCCAACCCCUCUUCCUACAGCUCUGGGCAUCACGGCGUUGGCGUGGAGGAAGACAUCCAUUUUAACCCUGACGUGUUCACCUACAGUGCAGCUGGCAGGGAGACGUGUGCCCAGCACCAUGGGAGCUGCUCCCCCCACGCCUUCUGCACCGACGCCGCCACGGGCAUCUGCUGCCACUGCCGGGCCUCCUACUAUGGCAAUGGACGGCAGUGCCUGCCCGAAGGGGCCGUGCAUCGCCUCAACGGGAAGGUGAGCGGGAGCGUGAUGGUGGGACGGGCAGCUGUCAGCUUCCAGGACGUCGACCUCCAUGCCUACAUCGUGGGCAGCGACGGCCGGGCCUACACGGCCAUCAUCAGCGGUUUCCCCCUGCCGGCCGCCCGCGCCCCCCUGCCCCUCCUGCCCCUUGGAGGGCUCUUUGCGUGGCUCUUCGCUGUGGAGGAGCCUGGCGCAGAAAAUGGCUUCAGCAUCACUGGUGAGUGGGGACUCGGUGCCGAAUUCACCCAGAGCCUGGAGGUGACCUUCUACCCUGGGGAGGAGACGCUCUGGGUCACCCAAACGGCUGAGGGCCUGGGCCUAGACAAUUACCUGAGCCUUCGGACACACAUCCAGGGCCAGGUCCCGUUUCUCCCGGACAACGUCACUGUCCACAUCGCUCCCUAUGAGGAGCUCUACCACUACUCCAGCUCAGCCGUGACAUCCUCAUCUCGGCGCAACUACGUCCUGGUGGCAGGG